AUGAGCCGGGACGCAGAGGGCGUCGCAAGGGACUCGGUGGCCCGGGUCCCGGGGCUUUGGGGUGCCCGCUGCCUCCCGUCGGCAAGAGGAUCUCGCUGUCCUGGGUUUGGGGGUCCCCGUGUGCGGUUGCAGCGACCAGAUCUUGGGGGGGCCCGGGUCGGAGCGGCGGCCGCCCGCGGGGCUGGAGGUCAGCGCUCAGCCGCUGGGGGGCUCGGGCGCCGCCGCUACGAGCAGCCCGACCCUGCGGGCUCCUGCCCCGGCCUGGCGCGGGCUGAGGCUGCGGCUCCGGCUCCCGCUCCGCCCGGCGCUCGGGCUCCAGCACCAGCGCCCGCCCGGGCUGCGCUCCAUCGCGGCCUCGCGGCUCCGCCUCCCGCCGGCGCGUACCUGCCCGCCCGCCGCUCCGCCCUCCGCCUCGCGCGCCUUUGUCCGCCGCGCCGGGCGCGCGCCCCGCGCACGCGCACUCCCGCCGCGCCCUCCCGCCGGGCGCCGCGGGCCUGGUCCUGCCCCCCACCGCGGGAGCCGCUCCUUGCCCCGCCCGCUUUCCGGCCACGCCGGGUCCUAGCGCCGGCCCUGCCUGCCGCGCUUCGAGCUUCUUUUCUAGGUCAGAGCCCGCGAGGGGUCCAGAACGAGGUUAGAGAGGGCUCGGGGGAGUCGCAGAGGGUCACCUGGUCCAGCUGCUUGGUCCCCGAGGGGCCAGACUGUCCCAGACUAUUUCAGUCUGUGCUCGCGGGGCGGAGCCUGGAUCCGUUUCAAAGAAGGAAAAUAAAUCCGAGCCCUUCUAUUCCGAAUGCACUCACUCAUUCAACCACCGGUCCAUCUGUUCACCCGCCUGUCUGCCCAUUCAUCCUUCCACCUAUACAUCCGAUUUCCACGAGACCUCAGGCCGAGCUUGCGAGCCCUGCCGUACGGAGGCGAUCCAGAUGUAGAACUCUCAGCCACCUCUUCGGCACCAUGUCUGUGUCGUGCCACCGUGUUUCCUGCCAUGAUGAUAAUGGACUAAACUUUUGAACAAGUUUCCACCUAGGAGGAGGCUCAUGGGAUCCAUGGAAUUGUGCAAGUGGUGGAAGAUGAUGGCCUGAUCUUCUGCACUGAGACCUUGCCGUCUGGGACUGCGAUCAACCAUCACCGGCAGCAGAAGCUGUGAAACCGACCCAAAGGGAGCACAGAAGAGUCUCCCCCGUCUGCUUCCUGGACGCAAGGCUCCUUUAAGGUCCCAGGGUUCCCACUGGCCAUGAACUUGCCAAGCAUUCCCUGUGCCCUCCAGGGUAGAGCCCACCCUCCUUACCCCAUGCAAUGGUUUGAAUGAAAAUAAAGGAAGCAUUGUAGGCUCUUGCUGCCCAGUGUUGCCCUCUGCAGCCUCGGCCUUCAGUUGUUAGGUCUCUUGCAACCUGACACUUGCCCAAGCCUCCUCUAGUUCCCUUCCCAAGCAUUUUCUGCAGUGAGUUGCUGGUGUGUGUGACCCCCAUCUUGGCCUGUGUUUCACAGGCGGAACCAGCUCGGCCUAUCUGAGCAGAGGAACGAGGCAGCUGACUCAAAUGCUGUGGUCCUUUGUCCUUGACUCCUAGAAAUGUGCCAAUCAAAGCUGCGAUUUGA